GCCCCGCGGCUUUAAAAUGGCGGCGGCCGUGAGGGGGAGCUGGCAGAGCGCAGCUAUGGCGGCCGAUAGACUGUCUGUGGUGGUGCUGCUGGCAGCCGCCCUCCUCUUCUUCGCCGGCGCCGUGCGAGGCGCCGAGCUCCUCCCGCGGAUGGUGGGCGCCCCGCAGCCCAUCGAGGACCCGGAGAACGAUGAGGGGCUGGAGCGGGCUCUGCAGUUCGCCAUGACGGCGUACAACAGGGCCAGCAACGACAUGUACUCCAGCCGGGUGGUGCGGGUCAUCAGCGCCAAGAAACAGAUCGUGGCUGGAAUCAAGUACAUAAUGGAAGUGGAGAUUGCCCGGACAACCUGCACAAAGCCUGCAACUGAUAUCCAGCACUGUGCUUUCCAUGAGGAGCCCCAGAUGGCCAAGCACGCCAUUUGCAACUUUGUAGUGUUGAAUGUUCCUUGGCGAAACCAAGUGGAGCUGCUGGAGAGCAAGUGCCAGUAAGCCUGCCUAGAUUCCAGCAGAGACCAGCAACCAGUUGCUCAGAUUUAAAAGAAAAAGGCAAUAACACAAAUUGAGAUGGGCUUUAUCAAUGCCUGUAACUUGGCUGCUGACAUAUGCUUGUGCUAUGCAAAUUAAACCAUGUAACUUCUCUUUUAAAGCACAGUAUGAUCUCAACUUUUUCUUCUUUGGAAUUAUUAUUUUAGAGCAGCUGUUUUGGUCUUCUACAGCUUUCCCAAUGAAUUCACUCCAGCAUCAGAAUUCUUAUUAAAACCCCUUGGUAUCCAUGUUUAAAUGACUACUGUAAACAUAAAAACUUAAUUAAUAAUUGC